CAUGCGCAUUAUUUAGGAAAGAAAAUGCUGUACUUAAGAGUCGGAUUAGCGCUAAACAUAGAGCUAAAACCUCAUUAAUUAGGGAAAUCGCUUGCAUGAAGAAUGGGCGAUCCCAAUCCCAAUCCCAAUCCUCCCCAUGUUCUGAUGUUAGCUUAUCCAGCUCAAGGCCAUGUUAUUCCCAUGAUGGAGCUUGCUCAAACCCUAGCCAAACGCGGACUCAAGAUCACCUUUGUGAACAGCGAUCUCGCCCACAAGCGCCUGAUCGAUGCACUGCCAGAUACCGGCGAUGCUUUCCCGGAAGAGAUCCGUCUGGUUUCGAUUCCAGACGGGCUGGAAAAACGGGAAGAUCGGAACGUGCCCGGAAAGCUGUCGGCUGCCAUAUCGCGCGUCAUGCCGGGAAAGCUUGAGCAGCUUAUUCGAGAGAUCGGCGACGAGGUGACGUGUCUUAUCGCCGACCAGAGCCUGGGCUGGGGCAUGGAAGUUGGGAAGAAGCUGGGCCUUAAGUGUGCGGCAUUCCUGCCUGCGGCGGCGGCCAUGAGAGUGCUCGGACUCAGCAUCCCGAAGCUGAUUGAACAAGGGAUCGUUAAGGAAGACGGAACUCCGGUUAAAAACGAAGUGAUUCAGUUGUCGCCGUCCAUGCCGGCGAUGAAGACGACUGAUCUGGUAUGGGCCCGUUUCGGCAGCUUGGAGAUGCAGAAAGCCAUAUUUGAGGCAAUGGUUAAGAACAAUGAAAGUGGGAAAUUGGCGGAUCGGUUGAUCUGCAACUCAACUUACAGCCUUGAGCCAGGAGCGUUUGCCAUGGCUCCAGAAAUCAUACCCAUUGGACCGCUUCUGGCGAGAAACCGGCACGGAGAUUCAGGCGGCCACUUCUGGCCGGAGGACUCGACGUGCCUAAAAUGGCUAGACCGGCAGGCGACGCAGUCAGUGAUAUAUGUCGCGUUUGGGAGCUUGACAACUUUUAACCAAACCCAAUUCCAAGAGUUGGCCCUAGGGCUGGAGCUCACCAACAGGCCAUUUCUAUGGGUGGUUCAGCCGGACAUCACAGAUCGAACCAAAGACUGGUACCCGGAAGGAUUUUUAGACCGAGUACGGACUCGGGGGAAGAUGUCGGGGUGGGCACCUCAACAGAAGGUCCUAAGCCACCCCUCAGUGGCUUGCUUUGUGAGUCACUGUGGAUGGAACUCUGUCAUGGAAGGGGUGAGCAAUGGAGUCCCCUUCUUGUGCUGGCCGUACUUUGCUGAUCAGUUCAUCAACCAGACCUAUGUGUGUGAUGUUUGGAUGGUGGGGUUGGGAUUUGAGAGAGACGAAUGGGGAAUCGUCAGAGGAGAAGAAAUUCAGCACAAGGUGGAGAAACUGCUUGGCCAUACUGUGUUUAGAGAAAGGGUUCUGCAACUCAAGGAGGAAACCAUGGCUAGCAUUGCUGAAGGUGGCUGCUCCAACAGCAAUUUUAACAGUUUCCUGGAAUGGAUUGAGGCUUAAAAUCUUCAUUAUGUGCUGCUUAAUUACUGCUGCUAACCAAGUUCUCAUGAAAUUUGACCAGAGAAAGCCACUGCUUAAUCCCAUCAAAUUAGUGUAAUCAUGUUGGCCACCAAAUCCUUUAUCAAAUUAUAUAUAUAUAUGUAUGUAUUCUGAAAUAUCAUAAGAAAUUGCAUCUUCACCUUGUUUUUUUUCAUAUGGAAUGUAACAAGUUUUCUGGA